AUGCGCUUUGCCCAGAUUUUCAUGCUUGCCGCCACCAUGUCUGGUGCAUUUGCUGGCAAGAACUGCAAAUGCCAGGACCCAAGCGGUAAAGGCCCUCAGUGGAAUGGCCUGACCAAGCAAUGUUGCAACGGAGAUGUCAAUGCCGGUUGUUUCUUUGCACCCAACUUUCCCGGCCCCAACAACCAGGUUCAUUACUUCGGCUCUUUGGAAAAUAGCCAUUGUACUGGUGUUGGCAACUGUCUCAACUCCGGUGCUUUCAACGAUUGCUGCAAGAGUAAGGGGGCUCCUGGAGCCUACUGCUGGUGA